AUGUUGUGGCUCAGAGUUUUAUCCCUCAAACAGAAUAACUCUCAACCGUUAACUAUUUCCGAACAAGACAUACUACAACUGAUUCAGACUACGGCGUUUACAGUACCUGAACCCAUUUUCUUACAAUUGCGACACUUAGGAAACGUGCUUACUACUACAAAACAGCACUUAUCUCCAGCAUUUCCACCGCUACCUGAUGUAGCUAUCAAUGGUCAUGGCGGGUACUACGAUGUACUCCAACCACCAGGGCCUAACGUGGAUAGCACUGUACACAAUCUCUACGAAGAAAUUCCAUGUCUAGGAGUCACUAGUGAAACGGUUUAA